AUGCGCUCUAAGGUAAUAAUUCUUGGAGAUGAAUCGCAUUUUCUCAUUUCAACUUACCCUUAUACGCCGGCUGAGCUCUGCUUCUUCAACGUAGGUUUCAGCAUUUCUGGCUCGCAACAUGAAUUGCAUAAACCGAACUCAGGCAAUGAGGAUAUCAGAAUUUUCCUCAUCGUCGCAUCGGGGGGAGGGAAGCGCACUUGCCUUUUCGAUUUUCAUAAUAAACAUGGAGGCAAAAUCGUUCCAUUUGCUGGGUACGAAAUGCCCGUGCAAUACCCCGAUCUGAACAUCCAGGAAUCAUGCCGUCAUACAAGGGAACAUGUCAGCAUUUUCGACGUCUCUCACAUGUUACAAACACACAUCACUGGAAAAGGACAGGUAAGACUGUUUUCUGAAUUUUUCGUCACCGAUUUCCUUCUUCACUGCUUUUCCUUUGUUAGGGUUGCAUUCAUCGAAAGCCUCACAACAGCUGAUGUAGAAGGGCUGCCGGUGAACAGUGGCACACUCUCAGUAUUUACGAAUGAAAAGGGAGGAAUAAAAGACGACCUUAUUGUCUCCAAGACUGAGUAUGACUAUAUUUACAUGGUCACGAACGCGGGAUGCAUUGACAAGGAUCUUCCAUAUCUACAGAUGACUCCAAUACACUUUAAGAGUUGGCGUCAAAGUUGUCACGGCGUUAUGCACAGUUUCAUGAUUUCAGUAUUUACGAAUGAAAAGGGAGGAAUAAAAGACGACCUUAUUGUCUCCAAGACUGAGUAUGACUAUAUUUACAUGGUCACGAACGCGGGAUGCAUUGACAAGGAUCUUCCAUAUCUACAGGAAAAUGCUGCUAAAUGGCGAUCGAAAGGGAAAGAUGUUGAUGUAAAAGUUCUUGAUGGGCGGGGUCUUAUUGCUGUUCAAGGACCUGAAAUGAUGAAUGUACUACAAAAGGAGACUGAUAUCAACCUUCGGGAAUUGACUUUUAUGAGAACGACCAUUGGCAAAGUAUUUGGGAUAAGCAACUGUCGUGUUACUCGUUGCGGUUAUACUGGUGAAGAUGGUGUAGAGAUAUCAGUUGAUCCGAGUGAGGCUAGUACGCUUGCAGAGAGAUUACUGCAGUCAAAGAAAGUUACUUUGUUCCAGAAUGGCAGCGUGAAACUGGCGGGGCUUGGCGCCCGAGACGCUCUACGUUUGGAAGCUGGUCUGUGUCUGUACGGAAAUGAUAUCGAUGAGAACACAACCCCGAUUGAAGCCGGUCUAGCAUUUGUCGUAGCGAAGCGUCGUCGCGAAACGCUAGGCUUCCCCGGUGCGGAAAAGAUAGUUGAACAGCUGACAACAAAGAAGUGGCCAAAACAACGUGUUGGACUGGUUUCAGAAGGCGGUCGCGCUCCUCGAGCUCAUUUGCCACUGAUUGAUCCACUCGAUAACGGUGCCAUCGGUUUUAUCACAUCAGGCUGCCCAUCUCCAUGUUUGAACCAAAAUAUUGCCAUGGGCUACGUUGACAAACCAUACGCAAAGGCUGGAACCAAAAUUAUCGUCGACUUUGGCGCUAAACAAGCUAAAGUCACUGUUACAAAAAUGCCGUUUGUAAAGACCAAGUACUACACGAAGGCGUCCUAG